GUUUUAUUUCAAAGAAAGCUUAAGACUAGUCUUCACAUGCUUGAAUCUGGACUGUUGGAGUUGCAGGUAUGUGGAAAUUGAACAAGCUCUUCUUGAUUUGACUUUAUGAGCUUUACUGUAUUUGCAAAGCCUGCUUGCUUUCUCUCUCGUAGAUUGUCUAUUUGUUUGCGCUGUCUGUUUUCUGCAUCACAGGCAUGCUGUUUGCUUCUCAUCGCUCUGUGAGAAAAGUCCACAGAGGUGAGAGAUGCUGUGGCCUGAAGCUGCAGGCCAGUCUUCCUGUGUUAAAGCUCUGCUAGGACUUAAGUUUCCACCGAUGGAAACUUACAGUCUUGAGCUCACACCACCUUCACCGCAUGGGUGAAAGGUAUGUGGUGAGAAAAGGCUGUGGACCGAAAGAAAGAGGUUAUGCGAGCAUUCUGGUGCAAGGACAUAUUUAUAGAUCACAGGGGAAUUUUUGAUGAGCAUGUUUGUCUUUAUUUUGUCUAUGGACAUGUUAAACCCCUCCAACACUCACACUUUAUAGAUACAAUAAUUGAGAGAGAAAGCUGUAAUGACGUUGAAAACAGACGUUUCCUUUCAGUGCAUCUCCUCUUUACAGUUUCUGUGCCCAGGUCCACAGAUAAUGUUUAUCAGUAAUAAAUUCAAAGGUGAAUUUCUUCCUCACUCUUUCCUACUCUUCACUCUGGAGUACACACAUUCUGUCUCCACACUCUCCUCUUGGCACUGCUGCUUUCUGGUUUUGUUCAGACUCAGAGCUGCAUAAUGUAGAUUGCCUGCAUCCUGGCUCUAGUAAUGACAAAAUACACAAAGGCAAGUUAUCUGAAUCUGAUCAGACUGGAGAAAAAAACUUCUUUGAAUUUGGCUCUUGUCAUGUGAGUGUUUUACCCACCACAGCGUCAGGUGUUGCAGAACCUGCCGGAUAGGAAACUGUUCCUGCAAAACAAUACACAUGUAUGAUGAAGCCAGGCCUUAGCUGAACAGUUCAAAUACUGUUACUGUAGUCAUACCUUUGCACACGGAGCAUGACUUUUUCUGCAGUUUGCACAUGAUGGACGCUAAGAUGAACAGCACAAUAAUGGAUACUGCCAGCGCCACACCAAGGCAGGAUACCAGGAGUAAAGGGACUUUGGCUGAGCCUCCUAAUAUGUCAAAGAGUCAAGAAAACUGUGUCACAGAUACUGUCUUCAAUUUAUACUGAAGUUUAAGUUUUUAAAAAUGUAAAACAAUAGAUUUAGCCGAUUUGAGUUUUAUCACUUACCUUUAAUCUUCACGCUUGUUCCAUUUCCAAACACAGUCUCCCCGCAAGAAGCCAGAGCACAGUAGUACAUCCCUGCAUCAGAGUAACUCACUGACUUUAAAACGAGGUUCAAGGUACAGUUUUUCACGUGGGACUCUGAGUCAGACACACAUUGUCCCUUUUUGUGAUACAUGACAGCAGACUGAGCAGCACCCUGUCUGAACCAGUAGAAGCUCUGCUCUCCUGCACAUGCGGCUGCGAAAACUGUGCAGCUCAAAUUCAAAGAGUCUCCCACCUGAAGAGGCUCUAACGUUGGCUGUUGGACAAUAGCUGGGACGUUGGAUGAUAGAGGUUUCACAUGAAGAAAGACUCCUUCUCCAAACUCAAUCGCGUUGAACUCUAAAAUCCCACAGUAAUACAUCGCUGAAUCAGACUGUUGAAUGUCUCUGAUGGUAAGAUGGUUGGUGCCUUUUGCACCUCCUGCUUCGACUUGAAACCUGUCCGCAUAAGCAGGGGAGAUGGUGGCCUCUUUGUUGAGCUUCAUCCGAGUUGAUAUGAUGUCAGGUUUAUCUCCCAGGUGUUGCUUGUACCAAGAUAGGAAGUUCACAGCAUCAUCCUGAUAAGAGCAGUGUAAAGUUAUAUUAUCCCCAGCUCUGGCUGUUAUGAGCCCACUGUCCUGUUGAAUAUUAGAACUCUUUGUCACUGCUGCCACUUGAACUGCAGAGAAAUGCACUCAAUUACAUUCAGAAUUUGAUCAGAGCAAAGAAACUGUGAAAAAGGGGAUUUUAGAUACUUACAGAUCUCACUGAGAAGAACAAUAAAGAUGUAGAGUUCCAUCACGGCUGAAUCUAUGCAGUGUCUUUCCUGUGUGCAGAUGGAGGCACCUGACUCUUAUAAGAAACGAGGGCUGUUUGUGAUUGGCCGAGCUCUCAAGACUAGCGAUUUCUUCAUUAAGAAAAAAAACAGUCAUCAAGUGACAAGCGGUUGUCUCUUGAGGCUUGUUCACUCACUGACGAGGUUUUGUAGCCUAAAAUGUAGACUUUUUGAAGCCCACUUUAAAAUAAGGGCAUAGAGGUUACUUUAAUGUGUUUGUUUUCUACACUGUGCCUGCUGUUCACCGAAAAGGCAGUUCUUUUGUAAUGUCGCUCUUCCUUUGCAUCAGUCCUGUCACUGCUCAUCUUGGCUCAUUCAACCUCCAGCACAAAUAAAAAAAGCUAAUGUUUUUUUUGUUGUUGUUUUGUUUUAAAUUUAAGUAAAGCCUGUCGAUUUCACUCACCAACUGAAAUCAGGUCAGGAGAGAUCGAAUCCAGUGCUAUCUCACCUUUACCCAGUCGUCACACCAGGACUGUUUGGUUUAUAUUAAAAACCUUUGGUCCGGAUGGUAUGAACGCGCAAGCGAACCAUGGUCCAGAUCAAGCAAGCGGACCAUGGUCCUAUUGAGUCGUCAGUCAGUUUUUUAGCUGUACCAAUGCACCUCCCGUGUUGCACCUUAUUACCCUGACUGUUUUUUUUUCAAUUUGGUGAAAGUCUCUUUCACAUAGCAGCUCCUUAUAUGUCUGAACGUCCCUCACUUGUUUAGCACUUUUUUCCCACUUUUGAUCCUCUUUCUUACUACACUUGUCUGAUCAGCCUAAUACCACCAAUCUGAGUUUUGUACCUUUCAAGUACAUUUAAAUGAUAUUAAACUCACCAUGUUGGAUGUCAAAGAAACUGGAACAUGAAAAAGUUGUGGUAUUGUUACCAGAAAGAGGUGAAAUCCUGAACAGUGCUCUAGAUGCAGUUCUAUCUUGAUUUGAUAUGUGUGACAUGAUCAGGAUGCCCCUUAAGUCACAUUCAUAGAGACACCAACUCUGCAGAUUAUUUCAGAAAACUACAUUAACUACCAUUUGGGGGCCACAAGUCAUUUUACACUUUCUUAUACUUGUUAUGCGCAUUACCAACAGCAUUUUGCUGAGACUUUGGAAGACCACAGUUUCGCUGUUCACUGCUGUGUCACUGUAUGCCUGUGAAGAUUAUGCAGUUGUUUACCAGUUGUUUUUGUUUCAGUUCCCUUUUAGAAACUGUCACUGUUUGACCAGAUUGAGACAUUGACACUUUCUUGGUUGAAUUUAGGGAGGGUUAUGGUUUGGGCUAUACCGUGAGUCAACAUAGACUUACAUGAGAAACAUGAACCAGCUUCUGGGCUCUGCAUGGAACUAAAUCUGCAGAAAACCUUGAAAACAAACUUUUAGAUAACUAAGUCAGACCAGCCCUAAGGAUGCAUGAAACUAGCACCACAGAAGUUUUGUUUUUCUUCCCUUUAUUUACAUAAGAAACUGGUCUCCCCCCACUGCCAUCUUGCACUGCCAUGUUUCUAUGGCAGUACAGUAGGGACAAGCUAGUAUGUAGGUUAAAACCUAUUCCCCAGGACAUGCUAUUGUUGAAAGACAAAGAAAAUGAGAGGGUUUGUGAAGAGGAAUAUGUAUUGAUAGAUAUUUUUGAUCAUAUUUUUUGACUAAUGGAUGAUUAUACAUGUCAUCAUCACAUUUGCCUCUCCACUUGUCCUUGCAGGUCACUGUUGCUUCUGGAGCUUCACCAACAGAAGGGGUGAGCAAGGAAGCAUUUCAAUCCAGAAAUGAACCUUUAUGCUACAUUAAACUGUGGUAGUUCUCAGACACACAACUCCAGAGUUUGUCAUUCUGUGGUCUGACACUACCUCCUCUUCUCUUAUAACAAACCUGCCCCACUGAGUAACUGUCACUCUAAGUGUCUCUACAGGCUUAAUGCACUUUCAGUUGCAUUUUCCCUUGCAAGAGGUUUCUUAGUUUGCUUUUUUCCAUAUUUAUUAUCUGCAGUGCUUUUUUGGCUCAUACAUUUUUUGCAUUGUCUGGUUGCAUUUGUUUUGGACUUUUGCAUUUGGUUUCAAUGGAGGAAAAGUUUCUUUUCUUUCAUGCACUGCAAAACAUACAUGCAAUUCUUGUGUUCUACACUAAAUGGAAAGUCUUUGUGUGCAGCAAUUAGAAAGUUAGACCGACAAGACUGGCCUAAUGAAUGUAGAAGCGCUGUAAACCACAAAGAAGAUGAGCAAGCUGCCUCUUAUAACUUAAACAUAAUGUUUUCAUGUUUGUGGUCUAAAUAUCUAUGCUUAAAAAUCUGGACAUAAAGCUACACUGUUCAGAAGAGCUCACACAUUUCUCAGCAACAUUAAGACGCACUUCCUGGACCAUGCAUCUGAGCGGAAUUGUUUACUGUGGUUUUGACAGGUUGUGUCUGCGUGUGAAGGUCUGGUCUGGUGUGUGUGCAGUGUCACUGAAUUGCCUUUAGAUGUUUGUGCUUGUACUGUCCUGUUUGUGUGUCUGAUGAAGAAGCUAUUUUAUCAGACAGUUAAAAAACAAAGCUGUUGUUCAUUGACUCAAAAUGAAACGAGAAGCAUGUUGCACACAUGCGUUUAGUAAAAACAAUAAUGCUCAUCAUCUUUGAAUGAUCCAAUAAGCAUGUCUGAAAUUCUUUCUAACACACUGCAGAGCAACUCAGCCAGCUAUAAGAUGGCUGCUAAGCAGAAAGCUGUUGUCUUUCUGCUAAUAAGCUGCUAAGCUGCUAAACCUAACCUAAAUCUCUGAACGAACUCUUAAUCAUCUUUGAGUAUGGAAAUUACAUUUCAAGGUCUAUAAUAAGUUUAGUGAAAGAUUAAAAGAUCUGCUGGAACAUAUUUUCUAUUUUAAUCACAUUUUCUGUUCUUCAUGUUUUCUCCUGUAAUUAUCUGCAACACAACACUGAACAGUGUCCAGUUUGAGGUUGUAUGAAAGACUUUCCCCCAGCUUCUAUCAUACACACGUGUUUGAGCAGGGGUGGAGCCAGACUUCUUUUUGUCCGGGGUGGCCAGACAAGAAAAGCAAUAGCCCUUACAGCUUUAUCAGUAGGGUUAUCUCCACUAAUCACAUGUAUACUCAACCUUUGAAGAAUUUUAAAUAUGUAAUAUUUAUACAAAUAAAUAAACAGUACAUGUGUCACAAAGAAAAGUAAAGACACUAUUAGUGUCUGAGACAACACAACUCAAACUAUUGAUUUCAGAUUAAGUGACACCUUUAACCAGCCAACCGUGGUUUUGGUUGAGAAGGCAGCCACUGUAGUAGCCAAUCAGAUCUCCAGGGUGGCCAUAGUCACACAACCUGACCGAAUCAACACAGCUAAAACCGCAUUAAAUUAAAUAAAAUAUCUAGUAAAUAGACACACAUGAUGAAGUUAACAUGAUAUGUAAUUCGUCUCCCUCCUUUUCUUCUUCCUCUUCCUCUUAUUUUUCGCGCAGCUCGACCUGGACAUGUCUCCGUGUCCUCUCCCCUAAAGCUAAACAGAUGAUUUGUUUCAGUGAUCAGAUGAGUCAUUUACUUUAAGCCUACAUACAAAUAUUAUAAUAUUCAGUUUUGUGAGCCAAAUUUAUUUUAUAUGCCAACAUCUAUGAAAGAAAGAGCCAGGCCACGGAGCGCGAUGGUUCCAAUUUUAAUGCCAUUUUUGAAGUUUAUGUUAUGCUCUCUGUGCACAACCCACCUUUGUCAUGGGAGGUUUGAGUAUAUGCAACUUUAUGUGAGUGUCUUUAUUUGUGGAAACGGUGUUUGACUUACAAGUGGGUCCAACAUUACACACACCAAAUCGAUCUGUGCUCAUAUGAGAGAGUGUGAAGGACGCCCUCUGCAGCAAUACUUGUUGAGAAGCUGUCUUCUGUCGCCAUCGUGUGGCAUUACUGUCUUCAGACAUCUCUUGAUCUCUUUGACUACUUCACGAAAGUAGUAAUACGCCUCGCCAGUGGCGGAUUUAAAGGUGAGGAGAGGAGCUGAUUUUAUUGGUCAAUACAGGUCUCAGCUGUGUUAAACCCACUCCAUGCCCUCUCUCCUCCCUUGCUACGACUUUUGCCGCUGGGAGGAGCUGAGUUAGGGAGGGGACAUACUUACGCCGGGCAGCACCGCUCACCAAAUUGUGCUUAGGAACGCCUUGUCGGCACGGCAGACCUGACUUACGCCGCGCCUGCGAGGCACGUCACCAGAGAGGCACGAAAAUAGAGCCCUUUGACUUUAAACUUUACUUUUCACUUUACACUACAACGUCAAACUUUUCUCUACUCAACUGUUAUCUGUUUUUACUUGACUUCAGUCUUUUGAAUUUAUGACAUUAUGACAUUUGUGACCGAAUUCUUGCAAAUUUUUGAAUUUAGUCAUGCAGUCCAACAUGUUGUUUCGAUUUGAACUUUACUCUCUAAAUCUCACUUUUCUAAAUCCUUACUUUGGCCCUAAUCAUUCCUCAGUGAAUAAACUCACAAACCUGCAGUGCAUCCGUGGAAAGUGACUUAUUAUUUCUGAGGCCCAGCUCAGGUUGACUAUCAUGUCGUAAUGUGCCUCCUCACAUCAAAGUUACAACCCCUGAAAGCUUCAGUGCAACUUCAAGUGUGACUUUGUUUUUUUUACCUGUUCAAAGACAAGUAAGUGUGAAGCUAUUUAAAGCACAUUGAAAAAAGAAAGGUGCUAUUGUGAGGCAACUGAAACAAACAACAUGAUGAGUUAAACCACAUAGACAUCCUGUCAGGCGAAGAGGAGGGCCGUAAAACCACUCAGGCUGAGUGUACAUGAGUGAGCUUGACCAAAGCGGGGACUCAGAUGAGAGAGAUCUUUUUUUUUUUCUUGUUCAGGACUUGGCCACAGUAGUUAAAAACACCUCGCUUUCUUUCUGAGUACCACUGCAGAGAUGAGAAAAACAUGCAAAACUUGCUAUCAAACAGCUACAAUUUUCAUUUUGAAGUAAUCUCAGAUUGGCUGGGAUAAAGGAGGGAAAUGUAUCCUGUUUAAUUUACUGCUCUUAAAUCAGCAGAUUCAUUUAUUUUUGAUCAAAACCAAGAAGAAAAACCACAAAACUAGCUUAUUUGACACCAUGACAUAAAACUGACAUUGUGCAUCAGGCUCCGGUUGAUGAGAUUUUUAUGUUGGUCAACCACAAUAGUCUACAUACACAGAAUAAAGUCUGAAAUGUUGAAGCAUUGAUUUUUACUGGUAAUACCUUAAGUGUGUGUCUCUGCUCUACUGUGGUCACUGCAGUGUCUCAUUGCCGUGUCUCUAUAAAUAAUCUUCUGAAUGUGGUGAAAAGCAGCUGAUGAUGCGCUUGUGUGAUGUUAACUCAUGGUGAACUGCUGCCCCCUAAUGAUUAAGAGCUGAAUUGCUCAAACUCAACCAGGCCUAAGAGCAGAUUUAAAGCAGCAGUACACUAAAGAAGUUCACAGAAAGAGCUACACAGCCGUUGAAAACAUGUAUUUUGUCCAUGAUAUUUCCACAAGGCUUAGAAAUGAGAAAUGAUAAGUAUAGUUACAUUAUGAGGGAUUUUGGAGUAGGUGGGCUUGUCUUUGUGAGUGCUUUAUAAAAUUACAAUAGCCUCACCCCUCUUAUUUUUUAAAUUCUUAAUGUGACCCUAAUCCUUAGAGAUGUACAGUAAAGGGGGUAUUUAGGAGGAAAAAGUGAUGACAUCAUUUCUACUUAAGUGUGAUUUAUUUUGAAAUAAAGAUAUGAUUUUAACAGUGAAGCAUAAAAAAGAGUAUAUUAAUGUAUUGAUGUAAUUCAGUCAUAAUAUUGCAGAUGAAACUAAAGUAGCCGGAGUAAAUAGAUAACAGCGCAACAGAGGUAAAUAACAGAAUAAAAUGUGUUCUCUAUGAACAAAAAUGAAUCACUUCAGUUUGUGUCUCUUAGACCAGAGUAGAUUGUCUCCUCUUCUGGUCCUCGCUGUCUUCUCUUGCUUUGCCCCUUUUUGAAGUCCAGAGCCACGUACUGCAAAGCAUCCACAUCUGUAUUCUGUCCGAAACACAGAAGAGAAAACUGAAUUAUAUUAAAGACAGCUGAUUUUAGAUUAGUUAUGGAAUGUGGCAGUUGGAGGAAAUCAAAGCAUACCUGACUGUCAGGAGUGAACUCCUGGAUGCACUGAAGCUGCAGUCCUAGAAAAAGAAGCAAAAUUAUUACCCUUUAAAAUUAGCUGUUAUACACAACAACCAGAGCUGUUUUAAGGAGAAAGAUGGAUGAAAAAGACAAGAGAAACAGGCUUACACUGUUUCUUAAAAAAUAAAAAUACAUUUCAAAUUCCACAACCAGUUCAACAGAAUUUUGUUUACCUUUAUCUUGAACUUGAAUUCUUAAGACAAACUGUACAUCAAUGAUAGUUACAAAACACAUCAUAAGGCCUAAUUCUCUGUACUGAAAGAGGUACAGCUUAUUAAAACUAUUUUUUUUCUCACCUCUCUUUUUUUUUUUUUGUUAUUGCCCUAAAACUUAAAACAAUGGCGAAAACACAGUCUUUUUUUUUUCUUUUCAUUUUGAAAUUAAUCUCAGAAAAUCACACUUUCCAACUUUAAACUCAGAAUUCUCUGAGAAAUGUCAUAAUGCUGAAUUUAAUCCGAGACAUCUGACUUUAAUCUCAGAAUUCCUGAAUCCAAGUCAGUCGUCUUGUUUGAAUUCUGAUUAGGAAUUUGAUUUUGAACAUCAGACUUUUUAUAGGAGUUCUUGAAAAUAGUUGUUAUUAUAAAUUUAAUAUUUGACAUUUCAUUGUAACGUCAUUAUUUUGAGAUUGAAGUUAGAGAUCUGGUUUUAACUCAGAAGUCUUGAAUUUUCGAAGAAUUCUUAAAUUAGAGUCAAAAUUGUAAUUUUUAAAACGAAAUCCUGAAUAUAAUCUCAGACAUAUUAACUUCAUUCUAGAGUUCCUUGAAUAAAAUCAGAAUUUCAAUUUAGAUUUUUAAUUUUGAGAAAAAAAAAGUCAGCGUUAAAAUAAUUUAUUGACCUUAAUAUAUAUAUAUAUAUAUAUAUAUAUAUAUACAUAUUUUGCCUGAAUCCUUUUACAUAGACAAUGAGUUAAAUCAGCUAUUAAAACUUUAAUAACACGUCUUUCUCUUUUUCUCAUAAAAUCCAUAAAAAAACUUAUUUUUAAUAAGCAAAUAAAACUCGUUCAUACCUUCAGAGAGGAGAAGUUUUUUCCUGUUCGUUUUGCAGAGGAUGAUGAUCAGGAUUAAGUUCAAAGUAAUCGACACAAACAGAACAGCAACCAUACAAUACACCAAGAUCUCGUCAUGUUUACCUGUAAAAAACAUUUCAAAUAUUACGCUUGCUAAAAAUACAAAAGAGAAAACUGCAUAUUUAAUCUUUUUUACUUACGUUUAACAUCCAGUCUUGUCCCUCCACCAAACAGUAUAUCACCACAGUGAGCCACAGCGCAGUAGUACGUCCCAGCAUCAGACCUGCUCACGUUCCUCUUUGAUAAACUAUAGACACAUCUGCGCUCAGGAGGCUCAGACCCACGGUCCAGUCCACACUGCCUGCUGCUCUGUGCAGGGAUGUACAUGAUUCCAGUGUGGGAGCUCCCGGAAUCCUUUUUGAACCAGUAAACACUUUGUUCUCCAUCGCAGGUCCCAUUGUGGACUGCACAGGUCAGAGUCACAGAGCCUUCUUGUUUCACCGAGUCAGAGGCCGGCUGCAGAAUGUAAGACCUGUGGCUAGACCCUAAAGACAAUGAGCAUGUUGCGGAGAGGUUUAUGAUAUGCAAGAUCAAUGAAAUGUCAUGUAAAUUGUUUAAAUUGUUGAACUGAAAUCAAAACACAGCAGAAUACCUCUUAGGACCAAAUAGAUGCCCUCAUCAUAUUUAGUGGCUGAUAUGAGGAUGUGUCCACAGUAAUACAUCGCUGAAUCGGAGUCCUGCACAUUCAAAAUGUUCAGAUGGUAGAAGUCUUUUCCAGUUUGAACAGAAAAGCGUCUGUUGUCUUUAAACUGCUCGUUGAAGCUGUGAGGAUUAACUGAAUGUUUGUAGUAGUAGGAUAUCAUUUGUGGCUGCUCCCCUGCCACUUGCUUAUACCAGCACAAAUGUUGGGCUUCCUCUGCAGGGAAGCAGCGCAGAGUCACAUUUUGUCCGGGGUCAGCGUAUAGCAGAAUACCCUCUGAAACACAGUAUGUAAAUGUUACUCUAAAAUGUUACAUAAAAUAUCACUGAAGCCUUUAGGUCACGUUUUGCAAUACUACUACUUUGUUUUCCAGUGUGAAAGGCAAAGUUCGUAGCAACUCACCAGCUGUACGGAGGAGAAAAAUGAAGAAAUAGAACCCGAGCAUCCUUCGCUCUCAGACUCCUCCAGUGCGAUGGUGCAAUAAGCAAUGGGGUCAUGAACAAAAAGCUACACACUCAGCGGAAAAAACAUCAAUGUGACCUCCAGGACAGAUUUUUGUGGGUGUUUGAAUAUGCACGAAAGGAAAUGAGCAGUCUAGAUUUUCCCCUGUAUGCUGAGAUUGUACGAUCAUUCUUCUUGUAGGGCUGUCUUUGUGCUUUAGGUGCAUUUUUAGAUUUGAAUAAGGCCACCUUACUGCUGGUUUAUGCAAAACAUGAGGCUUCACAAAUGUCCUUCUUUUAAACAACACACCUGUCAACUAGAUAAGGGAGCACGAGCCUAUUCUACGAAGCUAGUUUGACCUAGCGAUGUAGCCUUGGAGCUACCUCGCUCAACUUAGCGCGGUAGCCAGCGGUCUUGCUAAACGGCCUUACGACGCUGGUUAUCAACCUCAUUAGUGGAUUCAGCUUUGCUAUGAGCGCGUGCACGCAUGUAAGGUGGAGCCCGCCGCAUCUGACCAAUCGCGAACAUGGACCAGUCUAGAGCAUCAGAGCAGGCCGGAGAGCGAAGGACUGCAUACUUUACAAAUGAGGAGCAGGAGACGAUCAUGAGAAAGUAUGAAGAAUUCAAAUCUAUCAUAAACCUCAAAAGCAACACCGUCGCCGCUGCAAAAGCACGGAAGGAAUGCUUGCAGAAAAUUGCUGACAAUCUCAAUGCGUAAGUAUAGUGCGCAAAAAAUCUUUGAUGCCAUUUUUACCCUGAAAUAGCACUGUUCAACAUGCGCUUUUAACAUGCACCAGACAUGUUCAAUUAAUUUCCAAGAUGAAUUCAUUCAUUUGUUCAUUCCUAUCGUGUUUACAUUUUGUGUGUGAUAUGUAGGCCAACUGAGCCUUUCAUAAAGGUGGUCAUCCGGAAAAGUAAGUGGGUCCGUGCGGUCCCUGAAAACUCUCGCGCGCCGGAGUGCUCCUCAGACAAUGCGAGCACCGAGGUCUAUAGGAUCCUCCAAGAACGGACAAGCCAUUUAUUCGAGAGAGCUCAUUGGUCAGUGGGCGGGGUUUUUAUACUUGGUGAGUUCAAUCUGGAACCUAACCUGCCCUGGAGCAGGUUAGCCGUUCAGCGUACGUUGCCAUGGAGACUCACCUCGCUAAGAAGUGAACCCGCGCCGUAGAACAGGAAACCCCGAACUUACCCCCGAAGUUACCUCGCUAAGCAGUAAUCCUGCUUCGUAGAAUAGGCCCCUGUACACAUAGGUGUGUUUCAAUCUUAUGCACCACCAACACCUGGCUUAGGUCCUUUCAUACUCCUUUUCAACUUGGGUUUCCCUGGUGCAAGUUCAGGGCAUGUGCAGGAGCUGAUUCAAACUGUUAACUGGCCCAGAACCACUUUCGUUUUCACUGGUAUUAGGGCCACAUCAUUAUGCUGGCUGCAUACAUCAGUGCACACCCUGUAAUCCCAGAAACCUGCUGCAGAGUUUACAAACACUAGUUACCAUAUGGAUCAGAACACUGUUUUUUUUUUUUUUUUUUGAGGAACUGUGAUUGUCUUUUGUUUUGAGUUUGUUAACCAGUUGCAGCAGGGAAAACUUCUCUGUUGAUUUUAAAAUGAUUAGAGAUAAACUGUCAGCAAAAGUUGACUCACAUACCAGCUAAUUGAGAGGAUCAACAGUCAGCUAACAAACACAGAUUCAUACUACGUUAACAUGUGCCCAGCUAUUUUCAUAAAGUGACAUUUCACCCUCUCUGUUUACAAAAAACCCUGCGUGCACACCACUACAUUUUCUGAAAAGUUUUUGUUUACACUAAUGCGUGUAUAUAUGCCACCUGACAGCACCGAUGCCCACAACAUCCUGAAAUUUUCACGCCACUACUCUGGCAGAACCACUUCAUUUUCAAAGUUCUCCCACCAGACAGCAGUGCGACCAGGUCAGACCCAAAAUCGGCGAGGCUGGUGGCAAUACGGACGCACUGUUCGUGUCGGAGGGAGAAGUUGCUGCAACGUUGCUGACCUUUGAGCACUCAGUCUUCUAUGCUCCUCCACAUAGUACAGCACUUGUAUUUGCAAAUGCAAACAAAUACAAAGGGAUUGCACCAGCAUAAGUGCGACUGCUAUUCUGCAUGCAUCCAUGAUCACCGUAGAUUGCAAACAUAGACUGUAGAUUGUAAAUGUCACAUUUAACCCAGGUUCCAGCCACCCAAAUCAUAGUUUUUCUCUGUUUAGAUGCAAAUGUGCAAAUAGAGUUUUCCAAAAUCUCCAUGCUGGCUAGAGUUUUUGAAAAACCAGAAUUUCCAGGGGCGAAUUUACCGUUUAUGUCUAAACUAAGGGUGCAAACAAUGGUUAAUGUCUCAGUUUGUAAAAAUUACUGGGUACUUAUAAACGGGGCCUGAGCCUCUGGGCUCUAUUUUCGUGCCUCGCCGGUGGCGUGGCGUGGCGCAGGUGCAGCGUAAGUAUCCCCCCUCCCUAACUCAGCCUCUCCAAGUGGCGUUAGUCGUAGAGAGGGAGAAGAGAAGGCGUAGAGUGGGUUUAACACAACCAAAACCUGUUUUUGCCAAUCACAUCAGCACCUUUCCUCACCUUAAAAUCCGCCGCCGGCGAGGCGUCUUACAAUUUUCAUGAAGUAGUCAAAGAGAUCAUGAGAUGGCUGAAGACAGCAAUGCCACACCAUGGUGACAGAAGGCAGCCCCUCAACAAGUGUCGCUGUAAGCGCUGCAGAGGGUGUCUUGCACACUGUCUCAUAUAAGCACAGAUGGAUUUGGUGUGUGUUGUUGUACCCACUGGUAAGACAAACACCCUUUCAACAAAUAAAGACACUCAUAUAAAGUUGCAUAUAUUUAAACCUCACAUGACAAAGGUGGGUUGUGCGCACAGAUCACAACAUAUAUUCCAAAAAUGGCAUUCAAAUCGGAACCAUCUGUGCGUAAAUGACGCAUUGCGCUCCGUGGCCUGGCUCUUUCUUUCAUAGAUGUUGGCAUAUAAAAUAAAUUUGGCUCACAAAACUGAAUAUUAUAAUAUUCGUAUGUAGGCUUAAAGUAAAUGACUCAUCUGAGCACUGAAACAAAUCAUCUGUUCAGCCGCUGCAGCUGCAGCAAAAUGGGGAGAGGACACAGAGACAUGUCCAGGUUUAGCUGCGCAAGAAAUAAGAGGAAGAGGAAGAAAGAAAAGGAGGGAGACGAAUUACAUAUCUAGUUAACUUCAUCAUGUGUGUCUAUUUACUAAAUUUUUAAUUUAAUUUAAUGCGGUUUCAGCUGUGUUGAUUCUGUCAGGUUGUGUGUCCAAACGUGUGCCAAACUCGCUCAACAGAUCAGAUAUAGAUCAUAAUAUAUCUAUAUAGAUCUAAAUGUAUGUGCUGACUCAGAAUAUUGGCUGUUGUUGAUUAUCUAUUGCACUGAAAUAUGCUUGACACUGUGGAAACCUGCCGGUGAGGCAUCGGUGACUGAUGCGCACUAUGCUGCCGGUCGACUAAAAUACUAGACCAGCAGCACUCUGCCUGUGCUGAAAGCUGACUAGGUUUAAAUCGGUGAGCUUUCGGCGCACUUUCUACGCUGCCGGGGAGAACGAAAAUGUCACUUCGGCAGCUGAUUCUGUAGACACCUCCCCCUACCGCGCCACAACGUCCUUCUUGGUGGACCUCAGAGCGCCUCAAUCCACAAAAAUACCAAACUGGCUGUGUGCCGGGUUCCGCCAGAGGAAAAUAUCACUGUGAGGGGUGCGCUACCCUCCACCACACUGCGGCGGGCACGAAAAUAUAGCCCCUUGUCUCAAUCUUUAGAUGAAAAAAAACAAAAAAAGUUAACGUCACAUUUGAACCACUUUUGCCCUUUGUCGUAUUCUAUUUUGAUAGAGUAAGAGUCGAAUCACCUUCUGGUAAAAAGUUUGUUGACAUACAUUUGCCAUCAUAUCUUAUAUUGAUGAAGUUAAAGCUGGUUUAAAAGCAGUUUUUUUUUUUAUCGUAGCUGGAUUCUGCCCAAGUAACUGAUGAUCAUUCCCUUGAUGUGCUGAGGGAUGAGGUAAUGGUUUAGUGCUGCAUGGAUGAGAGCAUGAGGGAUUGAUCCAUAGGCAUUGGCCAAAUCCAGUCAAACAACUGUCAAGGUGCCUUUGCUGACCUUGGCCUCCCAGAUCAUCUGACUGAGAACUCCGGUGUGUUUCAGACAUCCAGAGAAGCCUGGGAUCCCACCUUUCUGGAUAGCGGUGUCAAUAUAUCCAUUCUCUGUCAUGUAUAGGGUCAUCCUCUUGUCCAGUACAGAAAAGAAGAUUUUGCCUUCUACACUUAACAGUGAGAUUGUUCUAAAUCGGUCUAUGUUUGAGGAGUUCUUCUCUUUUGGCACAAAACAGCCUUCUGCCUUUUUCCAGCAUGAUGGAAUAAUGCCCUUCUUCCAGAUCCUCUGCAACACCCUCCACAGUCUCCAAAGGACCAUUGAGCAUUGCUUGUGUACCUUAUAGGGUAUACCGCUUGGACGGGGGCCAAUCCUGUUCUGGCCUUCUUCACCACCUCUUGGACUUCCUUCCAGGAUGAUUCACUGAUGUUGAGCUCUUUUCCAGGUUUACAUUUAAUCAUUUGAAAGAUAAAUAUGGUCUAAAUCAGAAGGAUCAUUUUAAAUAUUUACAAAUCAGAAGCUAUCUUAUGUCACAUAAGGAUUGUGAUGUACUGAGACAAGCACCGUCCCCAUUGGAGUCAUUAUUAAUUAGUUCUAAUUUAGAAAGGGACACCAUUAGAAUAAUAUCCAAAGUGUAUAAAUGCUUACAGCAAUUUUUAACAGGGAAUACUUCAGAUAUUAAGGAGAAAUGGGAAUCAGAAUUAAACGUAACUAUUGAGGGUAAAGAAUGGGAAGAGGUGUGUGAGAGAGCCCAUAAAGUCACCAGCAGUCCAGCCUGGAAAGAAUUUAGUUGGAAAAUGUUAAUUAGAUUUUUUAGAACCCCCAGUAUUGUUUCUACAUAUGAUCAAAGAAUAACAAACUUAUGUUGGAGAGACUGCAAACAAAUUGGAGAUCAUUCACAUAUCUUCUGGAAAUGCCCAAAAUUAAAACCUUACUGGCAAAGUAUCCACUCCAAGGUACUAUCCAUACUAGGCAUUGACUUAAAUCUUGACCCCAGGUACUAUAUUAUAGGCUUGACCGCAGUCGGCUUGGUGAAUAACCAGAAAAUAUAUGUAUUGCAUACACUCUUACUGAUAGCAAGGAAGAUGAGUGCCUUGUCUUGGCACAACCCACAUCCACCUGCAAUACAAAAAAUGGCAUAAAAAGAAUCGCUACCUACUCGAUGGAAAAGAUAACAGCUAAAAUACAACUAACCCUAUAAUUGCCUAUUUCAACUUCAACUCUCUAUACCUAUAUUUACUUAUAGACCAAAUCCAGGGUAUUUUAAUGGUUAAUGGAGAGAUUAGAAGAAAUUAGCCUUAUUACGAGAUGUUUUUUUUCCUUUACCUACUUAUUUGGUUUUAUAUGUAUGUAAACGAUGGCACAUGUGUGUAUGAAUUUAGGUGCACAUUUGUGAGUUUGUGUAUGUACUCAUGUGUGGAUGUAUGUAUGCAUACUUAGUUGCUAACUUUGGACCAAGGUUUACUAAGGCCAAAUAUAUGACGCUUUUUCUGUACUGUGUAUUAAUUUACCUACUUUAUCAGGAGGAGAAGAGAUAUUUUAUGAACUAAGUGGAAAUGCUGAAUUUAUGAACCGUAGCUUGAAUGAGUUUGGAUAUAUGUGUACCUGAGAGAGCAAGCAUGAGUGAGAGAGAGAGAGAGAGCGAGCGAGCGAGUCCCUACUUCUUAAGGAGACUGAAGCGCUUCACGAGGCAAAUAAAACAAUAACCAUCCUCAAACUUCGUAUUCAAAAACUGUCCGAGGAGCUCAAAUCAAAAUCCACUCUACUCAAAACUUGUAUGGAUGUGGCCCACCAGCAAUCCCACGACCUGUUCUCCCUCCAAGCAACCCUCCAGGACAUGCUACCCUGGGAGCCUCACAGCCCGAGGGCCUCAUCCCGACCGCCAUCCACCACAGCACCCAACCUGGACUCAACCUGGACCAAAGUAAUUACCCGAGGUAGGAAAACCACCAACACCAUCCCCUGGAAACCGGUCGGGCCUACCUCAAGCUCCACACCAAGCAAUCGGUCCGAUUGCCGGCGGCAGGACAAAUCCCUCCAGCGAUGCCUCUACAGUCCGGCUGUCCUUCUCUAACCGCUUCAAGGCCCUUGAGCAUCCUCCUAAGCCUCCAGCCCAAACCAGUCCCCUCUCAGCGGUGACAUGAUGGCGUCCUCCACAGCGGUUGCCGGAGCUCCCAUGGCUCCUACACGGCCACCCGGCGGAGCCCCCGGGCCUUCAUCCUCGCCUUCCAGGGCCUUCGCGGUGUGCCGGCCCAAGGAUCAGGUGGCCUCCUCUCUUCUGGCGACCAGCUCUUGGGCAUCACCGGGCGCUGGCGCGAAGAGCACCUCCCUGCCUGUGUGCGGAGGGAUCCAGUGUGGCCUGGCACUGACAGAGGGGACCCCCUCUCCGUCGGUGCCUGGUCAUGCGCGGUGUCCCAAGAUCCGCCUUGACCACCGCUCUGAGAGCCGGACCGCGUCCUCGGCCACCCGCCGCUGUUUCCCCCCACCAUCUUGAUCGCUGGUGACAGCAUUGCAUGAGGUAUCUGUUUUUCCAAUGCCAUCACUCACUCUUUCCCCGGUGCAACUGUUGCCGACAUCACAGCAAAACUCCCGGGUCUUCUCCAGUCACUUCCUCCCUCUAUUCACCGUAUCAUUGUUUAUGUCGUCACCAAGGACACCGCUAACCAACAGUCUGAACUGACCAGAAGGGACUUCAGAACACUUCUUCACAUCCUUCAGUGCAGCGGCAAAUCUGUUUUUAUAAGUGGUCCGCUACCAACGCUGACACGAAGCAUCGAUCGAUUUAGCCGCCUCCUCAGCCUGAACUCCUGGCUUCGAUCACUCUGCAGUACCUUCUCCACCAACUUCAUUGACAAUUUUAAUCUGUUCUGGAACCGAUCGCCAUUUUUCUCCCAUGAUGGACUUCACCCAAACAAACUGGGCCAUUACACACUUGGCGCUAACAUCCAACACUACGUGCACACCAACUGACUAGCAUUUUUUACACCCUCCCUGUCAUCUUUUUCUUCCUCGCCAACCACUACCCCACCUGGAAACAGCGCCCCCCAGAGCCCCCCCUCCGGAACCCUCGCCCUCACCACCCCACCACCAGCUCCCCCAACAGGCCCCAACUGGUACUGCACACUAAUCCCAUCGCCGCCACUACAGCAAGCUCCCCCUCCCAACCCAAAUAGCUACUGCACCCUCAAAACACUGAGUCUCCUUGCCAAUCUGCCAUCUCACCAGGAUCUCGCCACAGCUUCUUCAUUCAAACAGUUACAACUACUAGAUCCUCCCACUCAAAUCCCAUGCAUGCAAAACAAAGGUCAAAGAAAUCAAAUAAACCUCCGCUGCCUUCCCCCUGCCUCACUGCCCACCCCAUAGCCCCCUCCCCUGAAGAUGGCCCCUCAAAACACCAGCUCCCUCAAUAACAAAGGACACAUCCUGGCUGACUUCAUAACAGACAAUAACCUGGAUUUCCUCUGCCUAACUGAAACCUGGCACAAUCAUCUCGACCUCUUUCCACUCAACCAAGCCGUGCCCCCCGGUUACUCCUACCUGCACCAAUCCUGCCUCACUGGACGAGGUGGUGGCAUCGCAUUCAUCCACAAACAGACCCUCAAGACCACCCCCGUCCCCACCCCGUCUGUCCACUCAUUUGAAAAUAUUUCUGUCAAACUCCCCGGCCCCACCCCUCUGGUCAUUGUCACCAUCUACCGCCCUCUAAAGCCCCACCCAUCAUUCCUCUCUCGUUUUCUCUGACUUAGUCACCCACCUAAGUAGCAUCACAUCCUCUGUCCUGCUGCUUGGAGACUUAAACUUUUACACCGACAACCCCACCUGCAAACAAGCCUCAAAUUUCCUGGAUCUGCUCGACACCCUCAACCUCACCCGGCAUGUACACUCCCCCACCCACUCCCAUGGCCACACCCUCGACCUUGUCUGUUCCACCGACAUCUCCAUCCACCAUCUCUCCACCAUCAACCUCUAUAUAUCUGACCACCUGGUUGUCACUUUCAGCGUCGAACACUCCACCCCAUAGACAGCAUCUCCAUCACCUUCCCCCGGAAAAGUGCAACACAUUCCUCUCCUCUUUUCAAUCCAAAAUCAACACAAUCUACAACUCCCUUCCCCCACCCUCCAUUCCCAGCUCCUACCCUCAUUCCAUCAGCACUCUCUCGCUUCUCACCUGUUUCUCCAACUGACGUGACCAACAUCAUCUGCUCCAUGUCAUCAUCCACCUGCAUCCUGGAUCCCAUCCAAUCCUCCCUCAUCAAGCACUGCCUCCUCAUCAUCUCUCCUAUCAUCACACAGAUCAUCAACUCCUCCCUCAACUCCGCCACUGUUCCCCCUUCACUCAAACUGGCUGCUGUCACCCCCAUCCUCAAGCCUGGACUCAACCCUGACGACAUAAACAACUUCCGGCCCAUCUCCAACCUCCCUUUCCUGUCGAAAAUCCUUGAACGUGUCAUUGCAUCACAAAUCAAAGCCUCCUUCAACAAUAACAAUCUUUACGAACAGUUUCAAUCAGGAUUCCGCACCCACCACAGCACCGAAACUGCCCUCAUCAAAACCACCAACAACCUCCUCAUUUCUGCUGACUUCGGCCAACUCUCCAUCCUCAUCCUUCUUGACCUCUCCGCCACUUUUGACACCAUCAACCACGCCAUCCUCAUGUCCCGCCUUCACUCCCUUCUCAAUAUCACAGACACCGCUCUCAACUGGAUCCACUCAUAUCUCACAGACCGGAAUCACUUCAUCCACAUUAACAACUGCUCCUCCACAACUGCCCCCGUGUCCCAAGGUGUUCCCCAGGGUUCGGUGCUUGGUCCCCUCCUCUUCAUCAUCUACCUCCUCCCUCUUGGCCACAUCCUCCGUCAACACAAUCUUCACUUCCACUGCUACGCUGAUGACAUUCAUUUGUACAUCUCUUCCACCUCCAUCACCCCCCAGACCCAACGCUCCCUCUCAAACUGCCUCUCUGAUGUCAAACACUGGAUGGACAGCAACCUUCUCAAGCUCAACUACGACAAAACAGAUCUCCUCAUCAUCGGCCUGAACUCCCUCACAGCCACAGACUUUCAUGUCUCCAUUGACAACUUCACCCUCUCCCCCUCCCCCUACUGUCACAACCUUGGUAUUCUCUUCGACAGCAACCUCUCCUUCACCCAGCACGUCAAGCAAAUCACCCAAACAGCCUACUACCACCUCAAAAACAUUGCCCACCUCCGCCCCUCCCUCUCCUACCCUGCAGCUGAAACCCUCAUACAUGCAUUCAUUUCAUCCCAUCGAGAUUAUUGUAACAGUCUCCUCUAUGGCACUACCUCCACUCUCCUCAAUAAACUUCAGCUCAUCCAGAACUCUGCCGCCCGCCUCCUCACUCAUACACGCUCCCACCAACACAUCACCCCCAUUCUCCAGAACCUUCACUGGCUCCCCAUCCCCCAUCGCAUUCAGUACAAAGUCCUCCUUCUCACCCACAAAGCACUCCACACUCCACCACUCCACUAACGCCAACCUCCUCACAGUUCCCUCGAUCAAACACCGAACCUGGUGGGACAGAGUCUUCUCAGUCGCUGCCCCCACCCUCUGGAACUCACUCCCACUGGACCUCAGAAACUGCACCGACCUUACCAGAUGUAAGACCCAUCUCAAAACCCACCUUUUCCACACUGCCUUUCAUCCUCCAUGGGUGUUAGGGAACACAUUAAAAGUUAAAUGUAAAUCUAUUAAAUCUUUGGAUUUUUGGACUGACUUUGGUGGGUUUUGAAGGGUUUUUUUUUACAUUUUACAUUUGCUAAAGAUUAAAAUCAUAUCUUGAUUCUUAGGGAAAGAGGGUUGGUGCUUUUGUCUGCUGACUAACAUCAGUUCAUAGAUAUAACAGGAAAUAGUUCAUCAUUUCUCAAAACUGCAUGCACAGACACAUUGCACACCCUAACACAUUCAGCAGAGACACCAAAAGAAGAGGUCAGCCCAUGUCACUUCAUCUUUCCUUCUCAAAACAUGCACAUAGUAUAGGCCCAGUGACAAGCAUUUAUACUCACUCAAUAGUAAAAGCCAUAAUGGUGUUCUUUGAAGCUUGCCUUUAUGCAUCAUGGGUAAUAUAAGGACAGCUUCCAAUAAAAAUGACCCGCAUGGAGUAGUUUGGAUAUUUGUGUCAAUUACACAAAGCACCAACAGGUGUCAGUGUAAGCUUGCAACAGUCCAUAUGGUAUGAUUUAGACUCACCAGAAUGUGUUUGCAUCUUUACAAUGGGAGAAUUAGGAGCUACAAAACUACAUUUUCACAGCAUUGAAAAGAGACAUAGAGAGAAAGAGAGAGAGAGAGAGAGAGAGAGAGAGAGAGAGAGAGAUGUGAUGCAAACACAGGUUUGGUUGCAUCAUGUGGCAGUAAAUAGUGUUAAUAAACCACUUAUUUCUGUCCUUAACUUCUGCUUUGCAUCAUUUCUCCUUUCAACAAGUGUUUUCCUGUCUUUCAGUCUUUCAGUCAUUUUAUUUUUAUCAUAAACCUUUAGUUAGAUAUAUGGUAUAGAUAUGGUAUUGCUAGACAUUGAUGGCUUACAGUAAGACUUGUGCGUGUACAUGUGUGUGUUCCAGCACGCUUGUACAUAGAAGUAAAUUAAGAGGAAAUGUCUAUUUCUGUAACAUGUCUCCACUCAGACUAAUACCCUGGCUGUAAUUUUUUGAGAAGUUAACUACAGAUGUGCAAACUGGCAAGACGCAUUUUGAAAGUGCCAAAACCACAGUCCUCAGACUGAUGCCUCUGUAAUGCUUCACUUAUGGUAAUAAGCUAAGCACAUAAAGAUGGGCUGAUCGCUGUUGACAUGUAGUGACUGUCCGUAAACAAGCAUAACAGAAAAUGGUAGAAAACCAAGUAAGUGAGUGCUGUGUGGGGUCAGAGUAUCUUAAUGGUGUUUGGGUGUUUAUUUGCUUCUGUAUGUCGUGGUGACCCUUUUGUCACACUGUGGUAUCACAUGACACAUUUUUUGUACUUAACAUGUGUUUUCUAUAUGCUCACUAUGUCCUGAUGAAGACUCUGAGUCAAAACGCAUUGAUGUGAGCCCACUACAAUAAAGGAUUUUUAUUAGUAUCAGAGUACCUUCAGUUUUGACGGCCAUGGAUGUUUUACUGACAAAAGGCAAGUCACAGAGAAUGGCUUUGAAUCUACUGCCCACCAAAGCCUAAAAUAAGAUUAAAGUCACAGUGAGGGGUAUUUAACAGGUCAAGAAACAGACUGAAACUGAUACCGAUGCCUCUUUCUGAACCUCAAAAGCAAACAAAACCAUCGGCAACAAGAUUGACAAUUUCUCUGUAAUACUUUGUAUUGGCAAAGACUGCUGAGAGGGGGUAUGAGUCAGAUCAAAUUGAAGAAACAGCCAUUGUAUUUCUCACUUUUCCCACGCAGUUAACACCGACAUUUCACUCAUAGAACAGAAAAGGGUGAUAUUUUUGUUGACAACAGGACUUUCAUUAACACAGAACAAGAGAGAAGAGACACCACCAUCUCCUCAGGGGGAGCCAAAAUCAACAUAAACCAAAAGCUACUCACUGUAGCGUUUAAUGAAAUGUAGAAUAAACAUGAAAAUUGUUAUUUAUCCCUGUUUGGACCUUUUAAGAUUGUAAUUUUUUUUUUUUUCUCUCUGUGCACUUUUUGAACACAAUGGUCUACUUUUUUUCCCUCAGAAAUAUCAUGUUUCUGUAUAAACAUGAUAAAUAAAAUCAUGUUUUAAAUAAAAUAAGAUAAAAAUUAUGGGGAUAAAUACAAUUCUUCUUAUCUAAUUUUAUUUUAUUCUAUUUUAUCUUAUUGUUGUUUUAAAUCUGGCAUGCUAGACAUCUAGUAGCAAUAAAUAUCACCCUUAUGACCUCAAACUUCAGUUGUUACAGUUUUAAACAUACUUAAAUGAAUGAAGGACAGAGUGACCUAUCACUGAAUUCUGCCUGGCUGUAAUUGGCUGCUCCUUUGUUGUUGUUUGAGCAUUUAAAGGUCAUUGUUCUGUGAUCAGAGCUUGUUAAUUCAUCUGUUAUUGAGAUGUUUUUUGGGAGCUGAUCAGACAAUUUUUUUGAUAGUCCAAAAUAUGUACAGCUGCAAUAAUAGUAUUUUUGCACCACCAAAUCUUUGAACUACAAAACUCAUUUACUCCUCUAGCUUUUUUUUAUUUGUUUAUCUGUUUUUUCUAAGACUGUCAGAGGUCUGAUUGGGUUGGGUUCGCACCUAGCUGCACUUCGUGAGAAGAGUCUUUGAGGUUUCUGACUUCCUAUUAUGGCUGUUAAACGGACCUGAGAAUAACACUGGGUUCAGUCUAAUUCAGUGAGGUACUAUGAUAGAGACCUAAGCAGAUCUGACAGAGUUGCAGAAUCUGGUGAGUGACUUUUUUUUUUUUUUUUUGCAAGGAGAAGGCCUGUAGCUUACAUAGAUAUUCAUCGAGGAUAAGCUUUUUAAAUGACAAAGACUUGCAGUUUCGUGCAAAUCCACAAGCUUUGUGUUUGCACUCAUUGCAACUUCUAAAAACCAACUAAAUGGGCAGUGUGCAAUAGUAUCUAAGAGAAGGGUUUUUCCCCCCAUGGCAAACAUAGUGCAAGAUUUGUUGCAAUAAAUAAUGCUGUUUUGAUUGUUUCAUUGUUUCAGCUGGACUUUAAAUUGAGUUAAUAUUUUAUUUGCUCAGGGCUGAAGCCAUUUAUGAGCACUCAGCAUUCAAUGUAGGUUUGAUUGUGUGCAUUUCAGUCCUCAAGAUUUGGUUCCCCCAAAUGAGCUGCUGUCUGUCACUUUAUUGAUAAUAUGAGCCUUUUUCUUCUGUCACAAUGUAGCUGAGAUAUUUUAGCACAAUGUGCCAUCAUGAGUUAUCUGACUAGAUGGGUAUCAAGUGACCUUGAACAACAUUUGUAGAAAUACGCAUAGGAUGUAUAUGUGUGCAAGAUAAGACUGCAAAAGACAGAGUGGCACCACAGAAGCUGCAUGCAAAACAAUCAAUUCCUGUUUUAGCCAAAGAUCCGCCUCAGAAAGAAGCAAAUGCUGCUGUUCAUGUAAAUGAUCACACAUGAAAAGUGCUGCGGUUUUCCAGAUCAGACUGAUCAACCUCACAUUAAGUGUCAGUGGGUCAAGUUUGAAGGCUUUGUGCAAAUGUGACUGUUCAGAAAAAAAAAAAGUGAUUUAUAUGGAAUCAGAUUUGUGUCAAAAAUAAUCAAACAAACUUCUUUAAUAUGAAACAAAAAUAAGAAUUUAAGAGAAAAUAAAACUCACUGAAGCAAAAAAAUGGCAUCCCAAAAGUAAAACUUGUAACUUGCAAACAAAUUAUUUGUGCAAUUGUGUAAAUUACUAGGCUUUUACUUUUUGUCAUAUAUCCUUUUGUUAACAGUAUCCUCUGUUUCUUUCUCACGGCUCAGACUUUUGCUCUCACUGUCAGUUUUGCAGUCAUGCUGCCAGCUCUCUUGUUUGGGCUCCCUGAAUUUUUGUUUGCGAUUCUGACACAAACUGAAAGCAGAUUUUUCAUCAAAAUAAUCAAAAGAAAAUAAGAAUUUGAGUGAGAAUGAAACUCUCUGAGGAUAAAAAAAAUGCCAUCUGAAAAAGUAAAACCUUUAACUUGCGAACAAAUUAUUUUUUACUUUGCUCUCACUGCCUGUUUUAUAGUCUCUGUCAGCUCUCUCGUUUGCGCUCCCUGAGUUUUUGUUUGCGAUUCCCAAACAAACUUCUCCCUGGGUGGGACUUUCCUGGGGUGGGGUGCCAUUGGCUAUUGACUUUUUGAGAGACAGCUCAGUGGCUGGAUUUUUUUUUUUUUUUUUUUUUUUUUUUUGCUACAGGGAGUUUUAUGCUGUGUUCAAGUUACCACGAAAGUCAGAAGUCUGAGCUGAAAAUAACGUCACACCCGAGUUACCGGCGUUUCAGUAACCAAGUACGAAAAAAAGUAAAAGCUGAGGCAGAAGUAAGAUGGUUAGGCAAGUGCUAAAAUAACUUUCGUAGAUGUAACCAUCUUGUUCCAGGCCUCUGAUUUUGCUUUUUUCCAACUUGGUAGCUGAAAUGCUGAGAACUCCGGUGUGACGUCAUUUUCAGCUCAGACAUCUGACUUCUGAGGUAACCCGAACGCAGCAUUAGUCUCUCUCAAAUUUUUAUUUUUGUUUGAUAAUGAAGGAGUUUUGUUUGAUUAAUUUUGAAUUAAAUCUGAAUACAUAGAUUUAGCAUUUUGUUGCACAGUUUGCACAGUUCAUACUUUGCUAGGUUCAUUCAAGAGGAUAGAUAGAGUUUUAAUCUUGUACACACGUAGGGCUUGGAGAUACGAGAUGUCCUUGUCUCUAUACAUCACAAUACUGCUCACUGCUCUCUCUCCUCAUAACCUUGCCCUGCUGGGCUCUAAAGCUGCAACUUGAGAGAUUACCAAGCUUUGUGUGCGCUCUCAAAUACGUGCAGAAACAAAGACACUCUCACUCACGUCUGAGGAGUAUUUUUAACAGUGUUGAAAUAUAACUGUCAGUGACACUGACCAUGCAGCGCACUUAUUGGAUAGGAGCACAUGGUCAGUUGUUCUUGUUUACUCUGCACAAUACACUUUAGACAGUUUAGUUGGUGAAAUAAGGCUUAUACUGUAUUGUGUAAAUGGUGGUCGGUGUGUGAGCUAGUGUGCCAGCCAACUCUCUGCUGCUGCAGAGAGUUGCUGCUGCAGAGAGUUCAGUAGUUACUGGAGUGCUCUUGUUGUAAACAAUAUUAGCCUAUAAAGUUUGUGCUAAGUGAGCAGAUACAGAAUUUGCUCUUGCCUGUUAAAUGUUUGAGCUAUAUCUUGUGAAACCUAACCCUAUUUCAUAUACUGUUCUAAGUUGUGUAUAGUAAUCACCAUCAUGCAAUAUUUUGAUCAACUUUUCAGACAUUUACGUUAUUGGUAGAGUUGAGUUGAACAAUUGUACGUUUUCUUUUGAUUUUCUUGCAAAACAUAAUUGAUCUAUAAGACAGCUCCCAAACAUGUGUUAGAGGUAGAUGGUGGUUUUAGGGGUUGCAUUUGUAUGUACACCUACUAAAGGGAUAACCUGUUAAAUCAAUCACUAGAUGCAUGAACCUGACUUUGAAAGCAAAUGUGUUUUACUGAUCUUCAAAACCUGCAACCCUAAUCCUUUCACACAAAGAAGGGGAAGGAAGUAUGACAAGCUUCACAAUGCUGAGUCAUCAGCAAACCAGCCCAACAAUGCUCUUAUCUCCUUUCUUUUAUCUCUUGUGGGAAAUGUUUUGGUUAUAAGCUCUUGACUCAGCCUGAAAUUGAUUAAGGUGCCUGCUGAGAAGCUUCAAAGACAAACAAUAACAGAUGCAAGCCAAAUUAUUUCUUUACACUUAUGUAAGCACAGUUUUUACGUUUUUAAGUACAGAGAGCCAUCAAUGACAUUUUCUCUUGCUAGUUCUGACUAACAUUUAGUCACCCAUUACCAACAGACUUACUGUAUUAUAUCAAUGACUUAGAGAAAGAAACUCUAAUGCUGAUUCUUCUUGCUUUGUCUUACGGGAGUUUUGCUUAUUAGUUUUCUAAAAGCAGCAGACUAAAUAUAAUUUAAUUAUGAUCACUCAGCUUAUUGACCAUGUGAAAAGAGCAGAUCAAAUCUUAUUAUUUCUGUCUCUGUUGCAGACCCCAGCAGUGUGAAGUGGAAGUUCACAUUGGAGGACAUCAGCUUUAAGUGUCUCCUCCAACAUGGCGAAUCCUGCUUAUUCCAACAUCAGCUCAUCCAACCAAACAGCCAAUGAAAGCUCAAUAAAUGUUUUCGCCAUUACUCUCCAUGGCUUGUUCUCUACCAUCGGUAUCAUCGAAAACCUCCUCAUUCUUGGAGUAGUGGGUUUCCAUGUUCGCCGCUCUGUCAUCAGCAUCUGGAUCCUAAACCUCGCCGCUUCUGACCUGCUGGCCACCGCCUCCCUGCCUUUCUUCACCCUCUACAUGGCCCGCGGUGACACCUGGACGCUGGGCAACACCUUUUGUCGAAUUCAUUCCUCGAUGUUCUUCCUUAACAUGUUUGUGAGUGGUUUCCUGCUAGCGGCCAUUUCUUUGGACCGCUGCUUGGUGGUUCUGAGACCUGUUUGGGCCCAGAACUACAGGACCAACCAGCUUGUAGGGAGGGUAUGUGGGUUGAUUUGGGCCUUGGCUGUUCUUUUUACCAUCCCCUUCUACAUUUUUCGUGGUGCCAUUACUAUAUCCAAGCAUAAGACCUUGUGUUACUAUAAAUAUUCACUCCCUGGUGAGUUUUCCAACCCAGAAAGUCUAAUUCAGCAGCGCAAAGAGGCUUUAGCCUUCAUGAGGCUCUUCCUCGCCUUCCUGACCCCUCUGGGCAUCAUCAUCUUUAGCUAUGCUGCCGUGACUUACCGCUUGGCACGCAGAGGCUGCAGACGCUCUUUCCGUUUUGUUCGCCUUGUGGUAGCUGUGGUGGUGAGCUUUGUCCUUUGCUGGGCUCCGUACCACAUAAUCAUCACUAUUGAGGUGGUGACACAGAAGGGCCAAUCUGCACAUGCAUUUGCUAUGAAAGCACUCCCGACCGCAGCAACCUUUGGCUUCCUGAACAGCGUCCUCAACCCUAUUCUCUACGUGUUCAGCUGCCCCGACCUGUGUAAAAAAAUUCGACAUUCCCUUGGUGCUGUAAUGGAGAGCGUUCUGGCCGAGGAUCUGGCAGAGCUGAGCCGACGCCGCAGCACUGCUCGCUCCAUCAACACCACUGAGAUCGUGCUAAAGCAGAGGACUUCCAUCUCAGCUUUGUGUUAUCAAGGAGAUGAAUCUAAGCAGGACGAAAGUCUUGCAGACCAAGCUGAGAACUAGAUGCAAACAUUUCAUUACUCAUCCUACAGUUGUUAAGCUCUUGUUUAGCGUUCCAGUUCCCUCAGGAGUCAGAUGUCGGAGCUGGGAAUGACGUUACACCUGAGUUGACAGCGUUCCACUAAACAAUUCAGAAAACCAAGAUGGACACCUGCUGUUAGCCAUUGUUAGCUGUUGUUAUUGACUGUCAGCUGUUGUUAGCCAUUGUCAGUUGUUGUUAGCCAUUGUCAGCUGUUGUUAGUUGUUGUUAGCUUUACCAGUUGUAAACAAUGUAUAGAACAGUAUUUACUCUUACAAACACCAUAGCACUGUGUUCACAGUUACACAUUGGGCAGUACAACAUUUACCACUUAUUUCUUUUAACAAAAACAAAACAGAGCUAAUAGAUAAAACAUUAUGAGAGCUUUCACUGUUACUCUUUACUGUUGAUGCACUGCGCUGCCAUCUUGGAUUUUGACAUUAUCAUCAAAUCGAGGUUGGUGAGGAUCCUCUGAUUUUCCAAGUUGGAAAUUUGACUUCAGGGAGGCAUUCCACUUGAAUUUCUGACUCGGCGCUUGGAAAUCCCGACUUCCAAGUACAACUAGAAUGCACCAUUAUUAUUUUUUUUUGUACAGCAUUAGAGGAGCUUUUUCCUGGAAGAAGCGUGUAUAGAUACAAGACAAGCCUUGUUGUUUGCUUUAAUCACACUGUAUAUUUUUCCUGCUAUCCUCCAGAUUAAGUUUGUUAUUAAAGCUGUAUGAUAUCAAUGCAAA